UCAAUUUAUUCUGGAGUGAAAUGGUUCAAAUUACUCGACUUAGGCAAGUUGCAACCUCCUUAUGCCGAUGCAGCCAAAAAACCGGGUUCGGUCCGUACCGGCUACACAGGAAAGGACAGCACUUUGUUGGCACCGAACCGAGCCCUUUAAAGUAUCAUUUGGUCGGUGGGAAAUUCCUUCUGUUAUUUCCAGUCAUGGUUUUAUUUUUCCAAAGAGAAAAAAAUUUAAACUUCAUCAAAUUAAUAACGUCGAAACAUCAUGAUGGGAACAGUUUGUUGCCGGUGUUGUGUACUGGAAUAUUAUUCACCUCAAAUGAUCAGAAUAUUAAAAAUCACUUUCACAUUUAUUUGUUUCGGUAA